AUGGCGCGCGCAGGACCCAGCAGAACCCAGAGGUCACAAAGGGCCCCACGACCCUCUCAGUCCCAGUCCCAGCGACCUGCUCGAGGUGGAAGACGAGCGGCCAUUGAAGACGACGAGGAAGAACAUGCAGGAGACGAUGAUGACCAAGAUAUGGACAUCAACGGAAGUCAGGGAAGAGCUGGCGAUGCAGAGGCGGAACUUGACAGAAAAGCCAGUGAUCUCGUAAGAUUUGCUCUUUUUAUGGAGCAGAAGCGGACUCUUAUACGCCGGGAAGAUAUCAACAAGAAGGUCCUGGCCUCUAACUCGCGUUCGUUCAAUCAUGUGCUUGAAAGAGCGCAGAAGCUUCUUAAGAAGACUUUUGCAAUGGAGCUUGUAGAGCUGCAGUCGCGGAAUUAUCGCGAACAAGAUGUAGUAGCCGGAGACGACCUUCAAGAGGCACGCAACGCUACUGGAGUAAGAAGAAAAGUAACUGCGGCUGCAGGAUCAAAGACAUACAUCCUUCGUUCUGUCCUUGAUCCCGUCAUCAUUGAGGAAGCAGCACGGACGGACGAACGGCUCUAUGAAGAACAGAUAGCUGACAGCCAAGAAGACGGUGAUGAUGACGACGACAUGCCGAGAAGUUACGGAUGCAUUAUUUCUUGGAGCACCACAGAUCAGCUCGGUGCCUUGGGUGUCUUGCACACCAUUCUAUCGCUCAUUCUCGUCAGCGGACGAUCCAUGACCGACCUGGAUUUACACACAUAUCUUAACCAGCUGGUGAAGCAAGGAUACCUAGACCGUAUUAACCCAGGCGAAACGAAGGCGCCUGGAAAACGCAGUCGCGCUCCUGCAGCGACUCAAGCCAAUCCAGAUGAAACCCAAGCAUUUGAAUGGCAUUGGGGACAUCGCUCAUACAGCGAGAUCGGAGAACAGGCUGUCGCUACAUUCAUCGCUGAAUUUAUGGUGGAACGCAACCGUGAUGAUGAUAUCGAGGAAGACGAUCAAGAGGAUGACAAGAAGCUGAAGAACGUGUUCGGGGUAAUUGAAAGGGCAGCCGGGGGUAACCUAUCAGAUAUUAAAUAA